AGCUCGGCCACCGGUACCGAUGCCGAUGCUGCUCCCACUCUCUCCCUUCCUCUCUCUUCCCCAGCCCACCUAAUACCUUCUUCCCCCUUCCCUUCCCUAUCCACCUCCACUCCCCACAACGCCCCUCCCUCCCUCCCCGGGCGGACCGCGGAUGUCGUCGUCGUCGGCGGCGCCGAUGUCGCCGUCCCGCGGCGGGGCGGAGGAGGAGGACGAGGAAGGGGCCGCCAGGACCAGCGACGGCAGCGGUGGAGGCACGGUGUUCAGCUACGGGGAGGCCGGGUACUGGGACGCGCGGUACGUGGAGGAAGGCGGGGCUCCCUACGACUGGUACCAGCGCUACGCCGCGCUGCGCCCCUUCGUCCGCCUCUUCGCGCCGCCAGCCUCGCGCCUCCUCAUGAUCGGCUGCGGCUCCGCGCUUAUAUCAGAGGAUAUGGUCGCUGAUGGCUACACGGACAUAAUGAACAUCGACAUUUCUUCAGUUGUAAUUGAGAUGAUGAGAAAGAAGUACUUCGAUAUUCCACAGCUGCAAUACAUGCAAAUGGAUGUUAGGGAUAUGAGUAUAUUUUCUGAUGAAUCAUUUGAUUGUGCCAUUGACAAAGGUACUUUGGACUCUUUGAUGUGUGGUGUGGAGGCUCCUCUCAGCGCGGCUCGGAUGGUUCUGGAAGUCGACAGGCUUCUUAAACCGGGAGGGGUCUUUAUGUUGAUAACUUAUGGUGAUCCAUCAGCGCGAGUUCCUCAUUUGAACCAACCAGUAUGCAAUUGGAAAAUUGUACUAUACAUUCUGCCAAGACCUGGGUUCCAGGGAAAGGCGAAAAGAUCUAUCUUCGAUCCUGUCCCACUGACUGAAAGUGGUAGAUUGCCUGAUGGCUUUAUUCCGGAGGAUCCUGAUUCUCACUAUGUCUAUGUCUGCAAAAAGGUGCAAGGAUCAACAGGGACAGGUUCUCCAACUUCAAACCACUUAGAGGCACAAGAAUCGGAGUGAACCAUAGGCUGGCUCAUCUCACAGCAUUUGUGCGUUGUUGUGAUUUGUACAAGAUCAAACAAUGUGAUGUUGCCACCAUUAUGGCCAUCCAAAGAUAGAAAAUUGCCAUUGCAUUUAUGUGCAUUUUUUUCACUGAUCUUGUAAGGAUCAGCGAGUCAUUGUAUUCUGCUACCACUGGUUGUUCUGUUGUGCGUGGAGGCACAGCUGAAUUGUUUGGAACAUUCGAGGAAGAAAGUUGUCUGUUUUUCAUUGUCUGUGCAAUGUGAAAGCAAUUUACGUUUUUAACGAAUGUACUAUUUGUGUGUAGAAAUAAAAUUCAAUGGGCUUUCUCGAGAA